AAUAAACUAUCAAACAAUCAAUCAAAAUCCGGGAGCCGUUGCAAAGGCGUAACCCGGGACGAUCAUCUGAGUGGCGGCAAACAUGGCGGGCACGGCUCAGGACGUCACCAACGCUAUCACGCUCAAGGGCUCGGCGCAGCUCGUGUCGGAGUUCUUCUACUUCGGUAUCAACAGCAUCCUCUACCAGCGUGGCAUCUACCCGCCGGACUCCUUCACCUUCAAGCAGCAGUACGGCCUCACCCUCUACACCACCACAGACGCCGGGGUGAAGGAGUACCUCGACAACAUCCUGGGCCAGAUCAAGGAGUGGCUGGAGGCGGGCGAGGUGCAGCGGCUGGUGCUGGUGGUGGCCAACGUGGACACAAAGGAGGUGCUGGAGCGCUGGGACUUCAUGGUGCAGCAGGAGCCGGGCUUCACCACGGAGGACACUAAGGACGGCAAGAUUGGCGGGAAGGAUCUCAAGCUGAUUCAGAAGGAGAUGCGCGAUGUUAUUCGACAGAUCACAGCCUGCGUCACCUUCCUCCCCCUCCUGGACUGUGUGUGCUCCUUUGACCUCCAAGUGUACACCCACAAGGACACCAAAGCCUCCGAGAAGUGGAUGGAAUCCCCGCCGUGCUUCAUUGCCAACUCCCAGGAGGUGCGGCUCAAGUCCUUCUCCACCUCCAUACAGCGAGUGGACACCUGCGUCAGCUACAAGAUGGACGACUGAGGCGGAGAGAGAGCGAGGGAUAAUUUGUGUCCGUCCUUCCUUAAUUCCUUCCUUCGCUCUGGUGUGUUAGCGUGAGGCAUUGUGGAGGUGACGUGUGGCAGCUAGGUAUGGUAAGGACUUUUGUCUGUGUCUGUCUUUUCAUGUGUUACCAAUACCUACUGGUUGCCUGCUGCUCCCUCUAUGUUGUUACACUUUUCUGCUUUUUGUGUGUGUUUGUGUUUCGUACGUUAUCAAUAGCCACUUGUCUGCUGCUCUUGUUUCCACUUUUCCUGUGUGUGUGUCUCUCAUGUGUUGCCAAUAGCCACUUGUUCUUUGGUUCUCUUGUUUUGUCACACUUUUCCUCUUUGUGUGUUUGUCCUUCAUGUUUCGCCAAUAGCCACUUAUUCUCUGCUUCCUCCCUUUCACGACACAUUUCCUUUUCCCUCUAGUGUUCAUCUUUGCUUCAGGUGUGAGGGUAGGAGGGAUGACUGGCCAGGUGUUGUUAAGUAUUAAUGAGAGGUGUGGGGAUGGUAGGAGGCGUGAUGUGAGCCCGUGGUAUUACAAUCGCUCCGUUCUUUUUCCAUCCGUCGUCUUUGUUUUGGUAAUAGAAGCGAUUGCCGACCUGAUAUUGGUGCCGUUUUCCUCGUCUCUUGUCGUGUUUUGUUUUUGUUUUAAUGAGAAGUGUAGUGAAGGUGGAAUGAGUGAUGACAUAGCAGUAUAAACCCCCUCUUCAUCUCUGAUCCUGUUCUUGCUUCAAAUGAAAGGUGUGGGCAGGUGACAGUGGAAUGAAUGAAGUCUUAAGGGCCAGUUCGACAGUCCAACACGGUCAUUGUAAGCGCUCAAACCAGACUAUAUUCUCCACAGUGAUACGUUAUUUCUACCCAAUAUGAUAUACUAUAGAGAUUUCCAGUGUGGUCUCCUGAAGUGUAUUCCUUUUCACAUCAAUGCCAAACACUUUACAAGGGCCAGUUCGACGGUCCAACACGGUCAUUGUAAGCACCCAGACCAGACUAUAUUCUCCAAAAUGAUACGUUAUUUCUACCCAAUACUAUAGAGAUUUCCAGUGUGGUCUCCUGAAGUGUCCUCCUUUUUACAUCAACACCAAACACUUCACAAGGAAUUUUCGCCGAAUUUUGUGCUUGGUUGGACUGUAAAACCGGCCCUAAAACUUUCAUCCUCUCCCCUUUCCUGUGUUACCAGUAGGAAUUGGACACCCCAACCCAAACCUUCCCUUCUCUUAUCUUUCUGUUUAUUUUCACAUGUUAUUAAGGGUCAUUCAGGCUCUUAAUGCACACUAAUUCAGCAAGAAGGAAUCCCUCAACUUGCUGUGUUUUUACAUGUCAUUAAGCGUCAUUCAGGCUCUUAACGCACACUUAUUCAGCAAGAAGGAAUCCCUCAACUUGCUGUGUUUUUACAUGUCAUUAAGCGUCAUUCAGGCUCUUAACGCACACUUAUUCAGCAAGAAGGAAUCCCUCAACUUGCUGUGGUUUUACAUGUUAUUAAGGGUCAUUCAGGCUCUUAACGCACACUUAUUCAGCAAGAAGGAAUCCCUCAACUUGCUGCCCUAAUACUCAUACUAUUGCAGAUUAAUUUUCCCGGCAUGCAAGUCUUGUUUCUGGUGUGUGUGUGUGUGUGUGAGUGUGUGUGUGUAGGGUGGAGAGAAGAGGGCAGGUACCGGUCAUGUCAUUGUCGUCCGUUCGUAGGCGACGUGAUUUUAUUGAGAGCUUCUGCGUGUUGGUUGUCUGAGGAACUGUGCAACUCCUUUGUUCAUCUUGCUGUCCACCUUAAGGGUACGGCCACACUGCAUGAGGUUUGCUGGGAGGGUAGAAGGUAGCGGGAUGCCUAGCGGGUCAGAGGCAAGAACAAACAUGUUAUCUAAUACAAGUGGCUAUAC